AUCUUAAUUGAUCCUCAAGAGAUCUGUGAUGUUCUUGAACGUGCCGAAGGUACCAGAGCAGUGUCCGGCAUAUCAUUUGAUAUAUCUGAUAUCGAGGACGUGUCUAUAGGCCCUAGAGCUUUUAAAAGAAUGCCUAAUCUUCGAUUCCUCAGAGUUCACAAAAGUAAAGAUGAUGGAAAUGAUAUAGUGCAUAUACCUGAGGAGACGGAGUUUCCGCGUCGUCUAAGGUUACUACACUGGAAGGCAUACCCAAGCAAGUGUCUUCCCCCUACAUUUCAUCCUGAAUAUCUUGUCGAAUUCGAUAUGCAGUUUAGCAAGCUCGAGAAGCUUUGGGCUGGAACUCAGCCACUUACAAAUCUAAGGAAGAUGGAUUUGUCAUGGUCUUUGGAAUUAAAGGAGCUCCCUGAUCUUUCCAAAGCUGCAGAUCUCGAGUUUUUGUUUUUGUGUGGUUGCUCCAGUUUGGCAGAAAUUCCCUCCUCAAUUGGAAAUCUUGAUAAAUUAUAUUGGUUGGAUAUGAGUUUCUGUGGGAAGCUACAAGCUGUUCCGACUCGCUUCAACUUGGUACCUGAUGCUUUUCUCAAUAUGAACGGAUGCUCACAAUUGAGAAACUUUCCAGAGUUCUCCACCAACAUCAGAGCACUCGUAAUAGCAGACACAAUGUUGAAAGAUUUGCCUGAACCAGUCAACCUCUGGUCUCCCCUAGUGGGUCUUAGUAUAUACGGGGAUGACGCCGGUAUCAAGGAACUUCCAGGUUGGAUCAAAGAUCUUCAUGGGUUAGAGUCGCUUAAUGUACAGUACUGUUCGAAACUUGCAUCACUGCCAGAGCUCCCUGACUCUCUCGAACGACUAAUAGUAAACAACUGUGAGUCACUGGAGACCGUGUCUCUGGAUAUUGACUCUGACAUAUAUUGCAAUUUUGUAAACUGCUUCAAAUUGGGCCGAGAAGCAAGGAGAGCAAUUACACAGUUGUCAUGGAAAGCAUGCCUACCCGGAAGUAAUAUACCUGCCGAGUUUGAUCAUCGAGCUAUAGGAAAUUCGUUGACCAUCCGACCACUGAGUUCAGAUUCCAGAAGAUUUCGGUUAUGCAUCGUGGUUGACCCUGAACCACAGACAGAAGUAGAUGCUACCGAAUUGCAGUGUCGCAUGCGCAUAAACAAGGGUUGCUUCAUUUACAGGAACGUGUACAUGCAACUCGAAUUUAUCCAGGCCGAACAUUUAUGUCUGUUUUGCACUGAAUUGGAGAGCGAACAUGGAUGGCUCGAACAAGACAAUGAGAUCAUGUUUGAAUUCAUCAGCACUUACCAUGAGCUCGACAUUGUUGAAUGCGGUGUCCAGGUGUUGACUGAGGAAACCGAGAGACGACGAAGGCUUGAGUUUGAUCAAGCUAACAAACCGUCUCAUGACUCUUCUCUCAACGCUGAACUUUGCUUAGAUCUCUCCACUUUGCUGAGAAUCACUCUAAGCUUGUUGUUGGAAAGUGAUGCAGCGUCAUUAUACUCGGACAGCGAACUACAUAUGGGUUUGGGUUUUUUAGUUUUACUUAUUUUUUAUAAAAGUGUUACUUUCCUUUGUACUCUUUCAAUGAAAGACAGCUUUUGAUAUUUAAUAAACUAGAAAUUUCUCUAUUCCUUGUCUAGAUUUGAAUCAAUUCAUCUCACAAGAAACCGGACUCAUCAAUUUGGUUCUUUGAAUCCCUUGAUUGAGCAAAACGGUAGCGUCUUCUCGAAUCCCUAGAUUGAGCUGAUUAUUUCGUAUGCUGGGGCC